GUGGGCGGGGCGACCCGCGAGGGUGGAGUUAGAAAUGUGGCCACGGUCCAAAACAAGCCUGAUUUGGGUUUAUGGGCGUGGCUUAGGAUUAGGAAGCAAGGUUAAAGGCUGGGGCGGGGUUUUAUUGGUUUUGCGAUUAUUCAGAGCCUCCAGGAAUUUUUUUUGGGGGGGGGAGGACAGAGGAUCGAACUACGUGACCUUGCACUUGCCAGGCAGGCGCUUAUGCCGCUGAGCUAAAUCCCUGGCCCAGCCUCCAAGAAUUUUCCCUGUUUGGAUUUGAGUUAGUACUAACUUUCUGUUCGUGAUCUUUCUAUGCCUCAAUUUCUUCGUCCUGACAAUGGAAUUACUAGUACUGAUCUCAUGUGGUCAUUAUGUAGAUUAAAUGAGACAGGAUUUGAAAACAGCGGACAGCUAAACAGCACCAGGCAAAAACUGUAUGUAAGUGCUAGUUAAUGUUUGUGUUGGGCCAGGAAAAAAGGGCUGAGUUAGCAGUUUGGAGGGAUUGAGGGGGAGAGUUUGGUAAAUAACUGGUAUUUUAGGAAACAUGAACGAAGCUAAUGUGAUUUAUUCAUGCACCUUCUGCCUCAGACAAUGAAGUGCUUGGAGUAUAGCAGUGAACAAAAUAGACAGCAGUUCCUGGAUAUAUGGAGCUUACAAUCUAAUGGCUAGAGGCACAUUUAAGCAACAUCAGUAUGUCAUUUUUUAAAAAAAAGUACAACAGCUAGUAAAUUAGAAGGCAUAUGUGCUGCAGGUGCCAGGAACAAAGCUGCAUUUUUUUUGUCCUUUUUUUUUUUUUUUUUUUUUAUUGGUACCAGGGACCAAACUCACCCUGCUUGCAAGGCAGGUGUUUAUGCCACUGAGCUAAAUCCCCAGCCCCUCAAAGCUGUAUUUUUAUAUAAGGUAGGAUAGGAAGAAUGGAAAGAGCAAAGGAGGUAAGGGAGCACACUGUAUGGAAGAGCAUUCCCGUGGUGGGAACAGCCAGUGUAGACACCCCAAAAAGAGCAGUGGAUGUGCAGUACAGCAAAUAAAAAAAAAAGAGUAAGAUAUGAGGUCAGAGAGUUAGGGAAAAGGAAAGUUUUUGGAGGGUUUCAUAGGCCGUGGUGAGUUUUUUUGACUUUUAUUCUGUGAGGAACAAGACUUGGUCAUGGGAACUGGGGCUGAGGCUCAGUGUAGAGUUCUUGCCUUGUAUGCACAAGGUUCUGGGUUCAGUUCCCAGCACCACACACACACACACACACACACACACACACAAAUUGGUCGUAAGGAACUGCUGCACUAACAGUAGACUGUAGGGGGCAGGCUUGGGAGCAGGGCAGUCAGCAAGGAAGCUACUGGAUGGUGUUGGUAAAGAGAAGAAUUCAGGGGCUGGGGAUUUAGCUCAGCGGCAUAAGCGCCUGCCUUGCAAGCAGGCAGUUCUGAGUUCGAUCCCCGGUACCGAUAAAAAGGAAAAAGACAAAAAAAAAAAAAAAAAAAAAAAAAAGAGAGAAGGAUUCAGAUUCUGAACAGACUUCAAAGGACAUGUGGGGCAAGAUAGAGACAGAAGUACGGUCUAGGAUUCAUCCAGGGAUUUGAGACCUGCGGGUGGAGUUGCUAGACCUGCAGGAGGGGGCGGUGCUCAUUUGGAGAAAGGAGUCCAGGUGUGCAGGUGUGGCUGUCUCGAAUGAGAGGUGUCUGUUGGAUGUGCAGGUGAAAGUGUGGAGGGGCAACUGACACACUGUCCACCCUGAUACACAGGUAUCUCUGGGUUCUGUGUUGGUGCAUCCACCAAAACUGAAAGUAUCCAGAGAAAUUUAUAUUCCUACUGGACAUGUUCAGACUUGUUUUUGUGCCCCUAAACAAGAGAGUAUAACAGCUACUUACAAAAUCUUCACACAGUAUUAGCAAUUAUGAGUAACCUAGGUGGAGGAGAGGAUGUGCAUGAUCAUAGGCAGAUAUCGUGUUGUUUGCUAUAUGGGAUUUGAGCACCUGCAGGUAGUAAUGUCUGGGAGGACUUCCUGGCACCCUUCUGAGGAAUCAUUAAUGAAUCUAGAGUGCUUGGGAAGAGUGCUUGGCUGAACAAACACUGGGCAGUUGUCAGUAGACUUGUGAUCCUUCAGCUAACUACUCAAUCUGGAAGAGCUUCCUGAGAAUUCCAAAAUGGGGACCAGCUGCUGAGUGCUCGCGUGUUCUUUGAGAAUGUCAAGUAUGAGGACGCUCUCCGUCUGCUGCAGUGCGCCGAACCUUACAAGGUCUCCUUCUGCCUAAAGCGCACGGUGCCCACCGGGGACCUGGCGCUGCGGCCUGGGACUGUAGCCGGCUACGAGAUGAAGGGCCCUCGGGCCAAGGUGGCCAAGCUGAACAUCCAGAGUCUGUCCCCUGUGAAGAAGAAGAAGAUGGUGGUGGUGCCCGGGGCCCUGGGGGCCCCUACAGACCUGGCCCCCAUUGACGUCGAGUUCUCCUUUCCCAAGUUCUCCCGUCUGCGUCGGGGCCUCAAAGGCGAGGUGGCCAAGGGUCCAGGCCCGGCUGCCCCUGUCCACCGGCGCCUCCAGCUACCUCGGUUGCGUGUUCGAGAAGUGGCUGAAGAGGCCCAGGUAGCAAGGCUGGCUGCAGCUGCUCCUCCCCCUAGGAAGGCCAAGACAGAGGCUGAGGUGGUGGCAGAAGCUCGGUUUACAACCCCUCAGGUGGAGCUGGUUAGGCCCCAACUGCCAGGUGCCGAGGUGGGUGCCCUUCAGGUCUCAGCCCCAAAGGUAGUGCCCUCUGUAGACCUCCAUCUGCCAACCCUUGGGUUAGGUGCCCCAGAAGCACCUGCUGUGGAGCCCCCACCCGUUGGGAUCCAGGUCCCCCAAGUAGAGCUUCCCUCCUUGCCCUCACUACCCACUCUGCCCACACUGCCUUGCCUGGAGACCCGGGAAGGGGCUGCUGUGGUGACAGUACCCACCCUCGAUGUGGCAGCACCCAGUGUGGGUGUGGACCUGGCCUUGCCUGGGAAGGAGAGAGAGGCCCCAGAAGAGGUGCCCGAGGUAGCCUUAAAGAUGCCCCGCCUCAGCUUUCCCCACUUUGGGACUCGAGGGAAGGAAGUUGCUGCAGCCAAGGUGACCAAGGAGACCCCUGAGGCUAGGGUGAAGGGCCCCAGACUCCGAAUGCCCACCUUUGGGCUUUCUCUCCUGGAGCCCCGGCCCUCUGCCCCUGAAGCUGUUGUUGAGAGCAAACUGAAGCUGCCCACCAUCAAGAUGCCCUCUUUUGGCAUUGGAGCUGUGGGGCCUGAGGUCAAGGUGCCCAAAGGGCCUGAAGUGAAGCUCCCAAAGGUGCCUGAGGUCAAGCUCCCAAAAAUGCCUGAGGCAGCCCUUCCAGAUGUGCAACUCCAAGAGGUGCAGCUCCCAAAAGUGUCAGAGAUGAAGCUCCCAAAGGUGCCUGAAAUGGCUGUGCCAGAGGUGCGACUCCCAGAGGUGCAGCUGCCCAAAGUCCCAGACGUGAAAGUUCCUGAGGUGAAGCUGCCGAAGGUGCCCGAGAUGGCGGUGCCUGGUGUGCACCUGCCAGAGGUGCAGCUCCCGAAAGUUCCAGAGAUGAAGCUGCCAAAGGUGCCCGAGAUGGCUGUGCCUGAUGUGCACCUGCCAGAGGUACAGCUCCCGAAAGUUCCAGAGAUGAAGCUGCCAAAGGUGCCCGAGAUGGCGGUGCCUGAUGUGCACCUGCCAGAGGUUCAGCUCCCGAAAGUUCCAGAGAUGAAACUGCCUGAGAUGAAGCUCCCAAAGGUGCCUGAGAUGGUGGUGCCUGACGUGCACCUGCCAGAGGUGCAGCUGCCCAAAGUCUCGGAGAUGAGGCUCCCAAAGAUGCCUGAGAUGACUGUGCCCGAGGUUCGCUUGCCUGAGGUGCAGCUGCCCAGAGUCUCGGAGGUGAAACUCCCCAAGGUCCCAGAGAUGGCUGUGCCUGAGGUUCGGCUGCCAGAGGUGCAGCUGCCGAAGGUGUCAGAGAUGAAAGUCCCCGAUGUGAGACUCCCCGAAAUGAAGCUCCCAGAGAUAAAACUCCCUAAAGUACCCGAGAUGGCUGUGCCUGAUGUGCACCUCCCCGAGGUGCAGCUACCAAAAGUAUCAGAGAUUCAGCUACCAGAAAUAGCAGUGCCAAAGAUCCCAGAUGUGCAUCUUCCCAAGGUGCCGGAGGUGAAGCUGCUGGCGGCUCCAGAAGCUCAACUAAAAGCUGCUGAGGCAGAGCAGACAGAGGGGACAGAAUCUGGCUUCAAGAUGCCCAAGAUGACCAUGCCCAAGUUAGGAAGGGUAGGAACUCUGCCACAAGGCACGCCAGGCGAAGCGGGUGGAGAGGUCUUGGGGAAGUUAGUGACCCUUCCUUGUCUGCAGACAGGGGCAGGUAGCGAGGCUCGUGUGGGCGCCCCCUCUCUCAUUCUGCCUUCUGUGGAGCUGGACCUGCCAGGGGCCCUCGGCCUGGAGGGGCAGGUCCAUGCAGCUGAAGCAGACAAGGUGGAGAGGCCAGAAGGUGGCAUGGGGGCAGCAGGUGUUGGGGAAGCAACCUUUCGAGUGCCCUCGGUUGAGAUUGUUACUCCACAGCUGCCCACAGUGGAAGGUGAGGAAGGGCAGAUAGAGAUGAAAGUCAAGCACUCCUCCAAGUUCUCCUUGCCGAAGUUUGGACUCUCAGGGCCAAAGGUGGCAAAGGCAGAGGCUAAGGGAGCUGGGCGAGCCACCAAGCUGAAGGUGUCCAAGUUUGCCAUCUCUCUUCCCAAGGCUCGGGUGGGGACAGAAGCUGAGACCAAAGGGGCAGGGGAAGCAGGCCUGCUGCCAGCCCUUGAUCUGUCCAUUCCACAGUUCAGCCUGAAUACUCAUCCGCCCUCGGGUGGAGCUGAGGUGGUGGGGCCUGAAGUUAAGUUCAAGGGACCCAGGUUUGCUCUGCCCAAGUUUGGGGUCCGAGGCCGGGACACUGAGGCAGGAGAACUAGCACUGGGGGCAGCUGAAUUGGAGGGCAAAGGCCGGGGCUGGGAUGGGAAAGUGAGGAUGCCCAAGCUGAAGAUGCCAUCUUUUGGGCUGGCCCGAGGGAAGGAAGCAGAAGUCCAGGGUGGACGUGUCAGCCCCGGAGAAAAGCUAGAGUCCAUAGCUGGGCAGCUGAAGAUCCCCGAGGUGGAGUUAGUCACCAUGGCAGCCCAGGAGGAAGCGGGCACGGGGGGCGCAGGGGCCACCGGCGGAGUGCAGCUCUCAAGCAGACAAGCCACUGAGGGCCAUGAUGGGGUGCUGAAAGUGCCUCCACUGGGCAUUUCUCUGCCCCAGGUGGAGCUGACCAGCUUUGGGGGGGCAGGUGCCCCAGGCCAGCAGGCUGAUCACACUGUGCCUUCUGCAGAGGAGACUGCCAGCUGCAGGGUCCAGGUGCCUCAGGUGAGCCUGUCUCUGCCAGGAAGCCAGGCAGCAGGUGGUGAGCUCCUUGUGGGUGAAGGCAUCUUCAAGAUGCCCACGGUGACCAUGCCCCAGCUUGAGCUGGAUGUGGGACUGAGCCAAGAUGUACAAGCGGAUGAGGUGGCUGUGGGUGAGGGUGGACUGAGGCUGAAGUUACCCACGCUGGGGGCCAGGGCCCAGGCAGAGAGAGCAGAGGACCAGUCCCUGGGGGCUGAGCGCACCUUCCGCCUCUCACUGCCAGAUGUGGAGCUGUCACCACCUGCUGUGGGCAGCCACACUGCAGAGUACCAGGUGGCAGAGAGUGAUGGGGAGGGGGUAAACAAGCUCAAGGUGCGGCUGCCGCGGUUUGGCUUGGUGCGGGCCAAAGAGGGGACUGAAGAAGGUGAAAAGGCCAAGAGCCCAAAGCUCAAGCUACCCCGAGUGGGCUUUGGCCAAAAUGAGUCAGUCCCAGGAGAAGGCUCUCCAAGCCCUGAGGAGGAAGAAGAGGAAGAGGGCACUGGGGAAGGGGCCUCAGGUCACCGGGGCCGUGUCAGGGUCCGCUUGCCCCGUGUGGGCCUGGCAGCCCCUUCAAAGACCUCUCGGGGACAGGGAGGUGAGGUAACCCCCAAAUCUCCUGUUGGGGAGAAGUCACCCAAGUUCCGCUUCCCCAGGGUGUCCCUGAGUCCUAAAGCCCGGAGUGGGGACCAAGAAGAGGGUGGCUUCAGAGUUAGGCUGCCCAGUGUGGGGUUUUCAGACACAGGGGCUCCAGGCCCUACCAGGAUAGAGGGGGCCCAGGCUGCAGCUGUCUGAAACCCUGAGCAGAUGGAGACUCCUCUCCUGACCCCCACCCCGCGCCCCUUUUGUGUGUGAGAUUACAAACACUAACCCUCAGAGGGCUGGGAGGUGGGCGGCUGACCAGGGAAGGGGUGGGAGGUCUGCCUUUCUCAUUGGCAGGAGUGUCUGUCUGUACCAUGCCAUGUGAAUAAAUAAUCCAGAGGUA